UAUAGACUCGAUCUAAGCGAACAUUAACAUAUCAAAUCCUUAGCAUGUUGUGGUAUCGUACGAUGUAACAUGAGACUAUACUCAAAGCUCUCCUCAUUGGUGCACACAUCUCAGCCGUUGAACCCCAAAAUUCACCUAUGUUCCUCAACCUUCUUAUCAUCAUCAUCAACUGCCACACAGAACCCAGUACCCCAUAUUGUCACAAAAUGCAUUGCUCUAUUGCAGUUUUGGGCAUCUUCCAUAUCCAAACUAAGGCAAAUCCAUGCAUACUCACUUAGGCAUGGUGUCCCACUCCACAACCCUGACAUGGGCAAGCAUCUCAUUUUUACUAUUGUAUCCCUCUCUGCACCCAUGUCUUAUGCCUACCAUGUGUUUGCUGUAUUGCAUGACCCAAAUGUGUUCACUUGGAACACCAUGAUAAGGGGUUAUGCUGAAAGUGAUGACCCAAGUCCUGCACUUCAUUUCUACCGUAAAAUGUCGGUGUCUUGUGUUGAGCCUGACACUCACACUUACCCUUUUCUUCUCAAGGCUGUUGCCAAGUCUUUGAAUGUUAGAGAAGGGGAAGCUAUACAUUCAGUUACAGUGAGAAAAGGGUUUGGGUCUUUGAUGUUUGUUCAGAACGGUUUGCUUCACAUGUAUGCUGUUUGCGGCGACACAGAAAGUGCACACAAGGUGUUUGAGUCAAUGGUGGAAAGAGAUCUUGUGGCUUGGAAUUCUGUGAUUAAUGGGUUUGCUCUUAAUGGCAGGCCUAGUGAGGCCUUGACACUAUUCAGGGAGAUGAACACGAAGGGACUGGAGUCGGAUGGGUUCACUAUGGUUAGCCUUUUAUCUGCUUGUGCUGAACUUGGAGCUCUAGAAUUAGGACGUAGGGUACAUGUGUUCUUGUUGAAGGUAGGAUUGACAGAGAACAUGCAUGUGAACAAUUCACUGCUGGACUUUUAUGCCAAGUGUGGGAGCAUCAGGGAGGCGAAACAAGUUUUUGGCGAGAUGAGAGAAAGGAAUGUGGUUUCUUUUACUUCUUUGAUUGUUGGCUUGGCAGUGAAUGGCUUUGGGGAGGAAGCACUUGAGUUUUUCAAAGAGAUGGAAGAACAAAGAGUUAAGCCUAGUGAGAUUACUUUUGUUGGUGUCUUGUAUGCUUGCAGCCACUGUGGAAUGUUGAAUGAAGGGUUUAAUUACUUUAGAAGGAUGAAAGAUGAAUAUGGAAUCAUGCCAAGGAUAGAACACUAUGGCUGCAUGGUGGACCUGCUGAGUAGGGCAGGUUUAGUGAAACAAGCAUAUGAAUAUAUUCAGAACAUGCCAAUGCAGCCAAAUUCUGUUAUUUGGAGGACCUUAUUGGGAGCAUGCACAAUCCAUGGUCAUUUAGGCCUAGGGGAGAUAGCUAGAUCACACCUUUUGGAGUUAGAGCCUAAACAUAGCGGGGACUAUGUGCUUCUCUCGAAUAUUUAUGCGGCCGAACACCGUUGGUCAGAUGUACAGACAGUAAGAAGAUCAAUGCUAGAGGAUGGUGUUAGGAAAACACCUGGCUAUAGCAUGGUGGAGUUGGGAAAUCGGGUUUAUGAGUUUACUAUGGGCGAUAGGUCUCAUCCUCAGAGUAAAGAUGUAUAUGCACUGUUAGAGAAAAUCACAGAGUUGCUGAAGUUAGAAGGUUAUGUUCCUCACACUGCAAAUGUACUUGCAGACAUAGAGGAAGAGGAGAAGGAGCAAGCUUUGUCUUAUCACAGUGAAAAGGUGGCAAUCGCUUUUAUGAUCCUAAAUACACCACCAGGGACCCCAAUUAGGGUCAUGAAGAACUUGAGGGUUUGUGCAGAUUGUCAUAUGGCUAUAAAACUCAUAUCAAAGGUUUAUGGUAGAGAGAUUGUUAUCAGGGAUCGUAGUAGGUUCCACCAUUUUAGAGGUGGUUCAUGUUCAUGUAAAGAUUACUGGUAAUAUUGGAUGUAAUGAAAGUUAAACACUAUUUGAUAAUUUUAGGUGAAAUACCUUAAAGGAUGGAAUCAAACCAUAAAUUUGUGAACUCUUAAGCUUGCACUGUAAAACAGAGGCGCGAAGGAAAUGAGUUGGCACACCUUCAAAUUCAAAUAAUAAAAAUCGCUGCAAAACUAUUUAUUUGAAGCACAAAU